AGUUAGUAUUCGAGUGACUGUCAAUAACAGACGUAGUAACUGUUUAUUUUUAAUCGUUCAACAGUAUAUACGAAGUAUAAUCGUGCUUGCUGCGUUUUCGACUUUGACAUUUCGUUUUUCGCGCCAAACGUCGUCAUCGCCGUCGUUUUAUUUUUCGGCGAAUUCAAUUGUUCCUCUUUUUUUCGAAAACCAAUAAUAAUGUAACAAAAACUUUAACAAUGUUAAACCAUCUUAAAGAAUGGAACUCACUUUGUCUAUUAGUGGUUUCUAUAUUAUUAAUAUUAUGUAAGACCACAACAACUUUGGACACAGAUCCGGACUACAAAAUAGAUUACAUUGCAUCAACAAAUAAGAUAGAAUUUUUUGUAGGAAAUGAAAACUAUACGCUUAAAAGUGUUACGUGUAAAAGCAUGCAGGGAGUCUUCGAGGGAAAUAGUACUUGUGAAGGCCUUGAACCAUGUACUGCUUACAUCGCAACUCUUGUUCUGGCUUCAGCAACUGUCCUAGAAGAACAAGCCAAUAAUUUGGAUCAGACAUUAAAUGUCAAUACAACUUAUGCAAUUCCUCGCAUUGAAGAUGUCUUAGUUGAGCCCAAUCAAUACAGCAUGUCAAUUAAAUGGAAAACGUACAAUCGAUCUUGUGUUUCUAAUUUUGAAAUAACAGUCAAGUCUCCAAACAAGGAAUACAAAAAUGAAGUCCAAAACGAUAAGGACAAUAUUGAGAUUGAUACUUUAAAUCCAUGUCAAUUGCAUAAGAUUCAACUUAAGACAACGGAUAUCAAUGGAUCAGUUGUCGGUCAACCGUAUACUACUGAAGCUACAACAGAUUAUGCUGAGCCUGGUGAUGUGACAAAAAUUAAAUUUGAGCCUCUUGAAAAAGAUUCUGUAAAGGUUACAUGGAACCCUCCCAAAUAUAAGACUUGUAUUAAUUUUUAUUUUCUUAAAUGGUCAACAAUUGAAUGUAUUGAAGAAUUUAAUAAAAAGUCAAAAGGAAUUUUUCCCGAUAAAGGACAAAUUAAAAAAGAUGAUGAAUGCAAAUGGAAUGAUAGUAAUAUAACAGAUCCAAAUACAAAAGAAUUCACUAUUAAUCAAUUAGAUGGUUGCGAAGAAUAUGGCUUGAUUUUCCAUAUUAAUGAUGUUUCAAACGCGAAAUCUGGGAUAAACUCAUUUACAUCGCCUGAACAAUUGCCUGGACUUAUAGCUUAUGGAAAACAUAAAAUAAGCUCCACUGAAGUCACAAUCAUUUGGAAAUUGCCAAAGGAAAAUAAAAAAUGUGUUGACUUGUACAAGGUACAAAUGCAGGGACCAAUCCAAAAGGAUCGUGAGGUUCAAGUGACAUAUGAAAGUGAAACCAAAGAAACACUCGCCCGAUUUAUUGAACUAGAUCCAUGCGGGGAGUACAACAUUUCAGUUCAACCAUUUGGCCGUAAUAAGUUGCCAGGAAUUAAAAUUAAUUCCAGUCUCGUCCUCGAUCAAGCCAAGCCUACACAAAUUCGAAAUGUCACGGUUGAAGCCAAGCCCAAAGAGCUUUAUUUAACAUGGAAUCCACCUGAAUUUUCGGACCUAUGUCUGGAAGGUUAUCGAAUUUCUGCGUGGGGUGACAGUUCGAGUUCAGUUUUUGAUAAGGAAACCAACGAAACGGAAAUCCUUAUAACCAAACUUGUUUCCUGUCAGGUCUAUACAGUGCAAAUAAUUCCAUAUACAAAAUCUAAAAAGAAGGAUGGAAUUCCAGAGCAUAUUGAACAGAUCACUUCACCAAUGGUAGCAGCUCCCCCAGAUCCAUUUCAAUCGACUCUCAUCCAAAGUCACAGCAUGGAGUUGAGUGCAAGGGUAAAUGACAAUGACUAUUUGACAAAUAAGUGUCAAACUUUUUUCGCUCGUUUUGUGUGUGAGACAUCGAAGAAUGUUCCAUUUACGAGUGUGGUGAAAUAUGUCGAAGGUAGUUUGGGAGAUGUCAGUUUUAAGGCGACAAUGUCUCCACUCUCUCCAUUUACUGAUUAUGUGUGCAAGGCUGAUUUUUACAACACCGCUGGAUGGUCAAACUAUACACCCCGAGUUUUUACCACAGAUAAAUAUUAUCCAGGAACACCAACCAAUGUUAGUGUGAAAUCUCUUACCACUAAUAUUAUACGCUUCCAAUGGGACAUGCCAGUCUAUCCUAAUGGCAACAUAAACGUUUACAUGUUAUACUUCCGUCAAAUGCAACCGGCUUACUACAUUCCACCACAAUGUAAAAUUCAGGUUUUUGAACCGAGUAAUUCAGAGACAUCACGUUUGGAAGCAGAAUUUUCUGGUCUUCAGCCGUAUUCGUAUUACAGUGUUCAAAUAGCCGCACAAAAUGAAUACGGCACAGGUGAAUUUACGUUGCCCAUUUUGGAGAGAACAUUGCCAUCAGUAUCGGAUGGAUUGACAAAUUUAAAAGUGAUUUCUAUCAAUGGUCCAGAUGUUAAUUCGACAACUUUUAAGGCAAAUGUUGUAUUCAGUUGGCAAUUGCCUUGCAAGUCCAAUGGAGAAAUCGAUGAAUUUGUAUUGGAAUUUGUGGGUAAACGUGAAGGCCAUAUUCCAGUUGAGUUCGUGCGUCGAGUUCAGCCUGUUUAUGAUGGAACAGGACUGAUGACUUUUAAUGAGACCAAAUUAGAUCCAGAAUAUGAUUAUAAGGUUUUGGUAUCUGUUCGGAAUAAGAAUGUGCCUGAGAAGAGUGAACCAAAAUUAAUAGCUUUCCAAUCUCCAGCUGGAAUUCCUGAUAAAAUAGAAGACAUUAGUGCAGCGAAAGUUGAUCCUUUUGAAGCGAGUAAUCCAACAAUAUCUGCAGUUGUUCGCUUCCCUACUGAUAUUCUCAGCUCUGAUUCGGGAACAAUUUUGUAUGCUGCGCUUCUCUUGUCACAGAAGAAUUGUAAUUCAGAACCAGAAUUACUUAUUGGAGCCUUGGAUAGCAACAACGAAUGGCCAGAUUCUGCAUCUUGGAUGGAUUCGUACAGCAAUACCGAAUGCAUUCGACAAUAUCAAACUACACCAAUUCGAUGGCAACCAAUUCAGCCAAGAUCUGGAAAUGUCAUUGAAUACACAAUUGGAGCUGAGUCAUGUAGCAAUGCAAGCAAAAGAUUUUGUAAUGGACCUCUGAAGGCAGACACUGAGUAUCAAAUGGUAAUUCGACUUUUUACAAAGUCAAGUUUUAGUGAUGCUGCUGUUUUGGAAUUCAAAACUGAUUCUCUUAUAAAGUUGACUUUGAUAUGGGUUUCUAUUAUAAGUUGUCUUAUGGUUGCUUUUAUUGCUGGAUUUUUGUAUCUUUAUAUAACCAAGAAGAUUAUCUGGCAUAGAGAAUCUGGUCAUGGUAUUGAGGAUUCAUUUGGAGAUAUAACAUCGAAGAAUUUUGCCAUUUUCUACAAUGAACUUUCCAAGAGGGAUAAACUGCAAAGGGAAUUUAAGGAAUUGACAGUGAUUGCAACGGAUCUCAGUUUUUCGGCCUCCGAGACAAAUGAAUACAAAAAUCGUUACAGGGACAUAUUUCCAUAUGAUAAAAAUCGCGUCAUAUUGGAUAUUGAUGCUGAUGGAAACGACUACAUUAAUGCGUCAUUUAUCAAUGGCUAUCGAAGGAAAAAAGAAUAUAUUGCUACACAAGGUCCAAAACAGGAGAGUGCCGUAGAUUUUUGGCGAAUGGUUAUACAACACAAUGUGAAAAUAAUCGUAAUGGUUACUCAAUUCAAGGAAGAAGACAUGGUAAAAUGUCAUCACUACUAUCCCUAUGAAUGGAAAAAUAUAAAAGUUGAGAUACAAAAGGAAGAUUCUUUUGAACUAUAUGACCGACGGGAAAUGAUUGUUACACAUGCCCAGCAGAAUAUUCGUCGAAAAAUCGUGCACUUUUACUUUAAAAUGUGGCCAGACCAUGGAGUUCCAACUGAUCCAAUGAGUCUCAUUACAUUUGUGCGCAAGGUCAAGGCUGAAAAGUGUCCAAGUGACUCUCCCAUUGUGGUUCAUUGCAGUGCUGGAGUGGGUCGAACCGGUACUUUCAUAGGACUUGAUAUUAUAAUGCAACGAGUCAAAAGUGAAAGUAAAAUUAAUAUUUUCGAAACUGUCAAAGGACUUCGGUUUCAACGAAUGAAAAUGGUCCAAUCAAUGCAGCAAUAUUCCUUCCUAUACACUUGUGCUUUUGAGCUGGUCAAGCAUAAGCGAGGAAAAUAUGUUCAUCAGAAUAAGAAGAAAGUUAGCUUCGAGAGUGAUCAAGACCAAGAUUUGGGAACAAUUCCAAAAGUCAGUAUUAUGGAUGCCGAUAGUGGAAAAAACUAUGAAACAAAAGAUUUAGAAAGUGUCAUAUGAGGAACAUCCUAAAAAACGUACAUACAUACCUACUUUUCUGGAUAAUAAACUAUAGUGCAAUAAUUUACCAAAGGGUUUGUACAAACUUAUUGAAACGGGGAGCUAAAAUGAGUAUUAUUUAAACAAGAAAAAAGAAUUGUUAAAUAUUUUCAUGUUAAUAAAUGUUUUAU